AUCGUUGGGUGCGCUGCUAGCCAACGACCCACGUUGUGACGGUACGGACGGUGCAAUAUAAUAUUCAAAACAUCGCUAGCCAACGACCAACGAUGUGACGGUGCCAUGUAACAUUUAAAACAUCGUUGGCUAACCAACGACCCACGAUGUGAAGGCACCAACACAUCGUUGGCAUCGCGGGCGCUGUUGGUAUAUACAUACUAAACAUACAUUCACAUCGUUGGCAUCGCCGGCAAAGUUGGCCUAUACUUACUAAAGAUACAUUCACAUCGUUGGCAUCGCCGGCAAUGUUGGCCUCUACUACAGGCAUAUUCACAUCGUUGGCAUCGCCGGCAAUGUUGGCCUCUACUACAGGCAUAUUCACAUCGUUGGCAUCGCCGGCAAUGUUGGCCUAUGUAAGAUACAUUCACAUCGUUGGCACUGUUGGCAUCUACUACAGGCACCAACACAUCGUUGGCAUCGCGGGCGCUGUUGGUAUAUACAUACUAAACAUACGUUCACAUCGUUGGCAUCGCCGGCAAAGUUGGCCUAUACUUACUAAAGAUACAUUCACAUCGUUGGCAUCGAUGGCAAGGUUGGCCUGUACUACAGACACCAACACAUCGUUGGCAUCCUGGCCGGCGCUGUUGGCCUAUACGUACUAAAGAUACAUUUACAUUGUUGGCAUCGUUGGCACUGUUGGCAUCUACUACAGGCACCAACACAUCGUUGGCAUCGCGGGCGCUGUUGGCCUAUACAUACAAAAGAUACAUUCACAUCGUUGGCAUCGCGGGCAAGGUUGGCCUAUACUACAGACACCAACACAUCGUUGGCAUCCUGGCCGGCGCUGUUGGCCUAUACGUACUAAAGAUACAUUUACAUUGUUGGCAUCGUUGGCACUGUUGGCAUCUACUACAGGCACCAACACAUCGUUGGCAUCGCGGGCGCUGUUGGCCUAUAUAUACCUACUAAAGAUACAUUCACAUCGUUGGCAUCGAGGGCAAUGUUAGCCUGUACUCUACAGUACAGACACCAACACAUCGUUGGCAUCGCGGGCAAUGUUGGUCUACAUAGGAAACUACAGAUAUGAUCGCAUCGUUGGCAUCGCGGGCACUGUUGGCAUGUACUACAGACACCAACACAUCGUUGCCAUGGCGGGCAAUGUUGGUUUACAUAGGCAACUACAGAUAUGAUCGCAUCGUUGGCAUCGAGGGCAAUGUUGGCCUGUACUACAGACACCAACACAUCGUUGGCAUCGCGGGCAAUGUUGGUCUACACAUACUACGGAAAUAUACACAUCGUUGGCAUCGCGGACACUGUUGGUCUACAUACUACAGAACACAGAUAUAGAUCGUUGGCAUCGAGGGCAGUGUUGGCCUGUACCGACUACAGACACCAACACACCGCUACCAUCGCGGACUGUGUUGGCCUACACGUACUACGAAAAUAUACACAUCGUUGGCAUCGCGGGCAAUGUCGGCCUACAUACUACAGAUGCACACAGAUAUAUAUAUAGAUCGUUGGCAUCGCGGGCAGUGUUGGCCUGUACUACGGACACCAACGCACCGCUAGCAUCGCGGACUGUGUUGGCCUACACGUACUACGAAAAUAUACACAUCGUUGGCAUCGCGGACACUGUUGGUCUACAUACUAAUCGCGCGCGCUCGCAUCGUUAGCGUUACAGUGCAGUCUGAACACUUAGAAUCUAUUCAAAAAAUACUUGUAUUUAUUUGGCCUAGAAUCCUAAACCAUGGCUCGUACCAAGCAAACAGCUCGAAAGUCUACAGGAGGAAAAGCCCCUCGUAAGCAGCUUGCUACAAAGGCAGCCCGUAAGAGUGCACCUUCUACUGGUGGAGUCAAGAAACCUCAUCGUUACAGGCCAGGUACCGUUGCCCUUCGAGAGAUCCGUCGCUACCAGAAGAGCACUGAACUGCUCAUCCGCAAGUUACCAUUCCAGCGUCUGGUCCGUGAAAUUGCUCAGGAUUUCAAGACGGAGUUGAGAUUUCAGAGUGCUGCUAUUGGUGCUCUCCAGGAGGCAAGUGAAGCUUACCUGGUCGGUCUCUUUGAGGACACCAACCUGUGCGCCAUCCAUGCCAAGCGUGUUACUAUCAUGCCUAAGGAUAUUCAGUUGGCUCGUCGCAUCCGUGGAGAGCGUGCUUAGAUGCAACUUUAUUUUCUUUUGUAGCAUUAUUAUUCAAAAUCAUUGUCUGCACUUUCAAUUUUGUCUUGUUCACCUUGUUGGUACUUGUUUCAUAUUCUAGAAACUUUCUUUCUUGUAAAUACAUUACAUGAGAAAUUAGUGUUUAGUCAAAGGAGAGUACAGUAUAGUUAUCAUCUACUGAGUUGACAUAUAAUCUGUUAUCACUGAGAUGCUAUAUUUAAAGCACCUAAUGAAUUAUCAGAUAUAUUAUUACCACAUUUCAUACUUCAACCUGUACACUGAUGUUAAUUUUUGCAUGUGGGAAAUAGGAAAAAAAAUGUUUUUCCAUCUGUAUGUAAUUCUUGCUGGUGUACUUAUACCAUCAGUUUGCUAUAAAUGUUCAUAAAAUUGAAGUCAUAUGGAGGAAAUUACCAUAAACUACCAAAUAUCUAGAUUCUGACCAAGACUGUUAACUUUUCCAGUCUCAGACAUCCCUUAUAUGUGUAAUCUUCAGUAGUUGGCUACUGGUGGUCCACAUGGAGUUAAUAGUUUUGGGGAAAAUUACAAUCCAAUAUGGAUAGAUAGUAAUACAGAAUGUUUUGAAGUAACCACAAUAUUGAAAACACCUACUCACCUGAAAGACAUUAAGGUAAACAUAGGGUUCCAUUAACAUCUACACAGUAAUGACAAGGAUAUCUAAUGCCUUAAUGAAAAAACUUUUAACAAUCACUGGUUACAAAAGAAGCAAACUACAAGACAAACUAUGUGUUUGGAAGGUUGGAAUCAAUUGUACAUACUGUAUAUCUCAAGUUGUAGAAUAGUGUUUUUGUGAAUAUGUUUGUAUGGAUGUAUAACCUAGAUCAGGUAACAUAAUAGAUGGUGUGUUUCAUAUUUGUUAUUGAAAUAAAAUGUAUUAAUCAGAUAUUCUGGGUGCUGUGUUGACAAUACAAAUUUUCAUAGGUUGGAUCUGUAAUAGUGUUCCAUGUAUAUCUCGUUAUCAAACAUUCUUUUCUUUGUUGAGGCUUUUUUUUUGUGUGUACAGUAGUGUUUAUUCAUAUAUGGUACUGUAUCUGUUCUUUCUCAGUCAUUUCCAACAGGAUUACUGGUGAUUUUCAUUUAACAUUGAAACUCAAUGAUUUUAAUUGCCUCUCUUAUUUUUAUUGUGUGAUUGAUAGUAUAAGAAGUUAGUUGCAAUCUUAAUAAAUUGUUAAUAAACAUUUGUUUUGCAUUUUUAUCAUUGACAUUAAACUUACUGUUUUCCCGAAAUAUUAUACAGCAAUGUAAAAAAAAUAGACUGAGUGUACUUGGUUUGGAAAAUAGCCUUGUUUUUAACUUGAGAGUUUUAAAAGUAAUAUAUUAUCAGAUAGAUGGUCUACAUUCAUAAAUUGGUAAUGAGAAAGAAGCAAAACUAUUUAUUUCCCAGAUGUUUGUUUUGAUUUAGUAUUGUCUGUAUUUCCUUAAAUGUGUAGUAUUCUGGUCACAUUUAUAAAAUCAAUCAUGCAUCAGCUAUCAUUUUGUUUUACACCCAUAUGUAUAUAAAAUGAAUGUUUCUAUUAUAUGUGUUGGAUGCUUGAGUAAUCAACUGUGAGCUACUCUAUAUAGUAUUGAAUUCUUUAUUAUUAUUAUUAUUUGUCAUUAGCUAUAGCAUGUAUUGUCAACUACACACACCACCAGUUGGCUUUACAUUUAUAGUUGGUGCUAUAUGGCUAAUUACAAAUAAUAAAAAAAGAGUCUAGAACUAGACUAAUAGAGAACUUGCACCCAUGGCAGUUAUAUUUUGACUCCCCUUGGUACUUCAUGUAUGACCAAUUCCAGAUAAAAUGUACUCACAAAGGACCAAAUGAUUUAAUGCUGAUGUUUAAGUAUAUACCAUUCAUGUAUGCAAGUUUGGUCAGGUCAUAUUUGAAAUGUGUGUAAAUUGAUUUAGGGGGUGAAUUUUUACCCACCUCUCAUUCUUCACUACCUCUAUGAACUUCUCUGCUGCAUAAUGAUAUAAUAGAAAGUGGAGUCUUUCAAAUAUGCAGACAAAUAUCCACAAGUAUUAUAUUAAAUAUCCAUUCAAGCAAAAGAAUAUAUAGUUUCCAACUGUAAGUAAAGCAAGUAAAUCAACUGGCCUGUCAUCUAUAUUUCCUUCAUACAUGAACAAAUUGUGUGUAAGUGGUAGUUUUACAAUAAAGAAAGGUGAAGAAAAAAGUA